AUGCAGUAAGAAAGCUUUUUCCGUGCUGGAAAUUAACUGCAUUUGUCAUUGCCAUUUUCGACAUUUUUAAAGAGUGUGUCAUCGAACUGCAGAAUUAUCAGACGGGAAAAUGUUUCGACCUCUGAUUAAAAAUAGUCUGACUGCACGCGCCAGCCGCCACAGCAACCGCCCAUGCUGCGUCCUCAUCGGUCAAACGGGAGCGGGAAAGACAACCUUGGCCAACCAACUGUGCAACACCAAACACAUUGCCGGUGCAUCCGCAGGAAGCGUCACGCAGCAGCUAUCGAAGAACGACGCCAGCGUCGGUCAGAACGCGUUCUCUCUCAUCGACACACCCGGUACGGAUAGCCAGACCGAUACGUACAAACAUGCCGUACUGCUGCGCGCCGGUCUGACCGCCACGGACCUGAAUACCAUCUUCAUCGUCCUGAAGUACGAGAACCGCUACAUUAAGAUGGUGGAUAAUUAUCUGCAGGUCGAGCAGCCGGUGGGUAAUUUCACCAGUAAGAUCGUCAUUCUGAUUUCCCACAUGGACGAGGCGAAAAAUCCACAGGGAGAGUUUCCGGAGAUCUGUACACUGCUGACGGAAGCCAGUCCGCAUAUUGCGAACGUUAUCUUCUUCUCGGAGAUGAGCGAUGCCGGGGCGAUUGCGGAUCUAAUGUACGCUUGUAUGUCGCACAUGGAACCGCAGCGCUUGCGGAUCACGGAUGAAGAAUUCCAUUUCAAUUUCAACCUGUACGCGGUACGACUGAGUAUGAGGAAAUCCUUUGAUCAGUACAAAACCCAGGUGCAAACGCUGUUUGCCGGCUACGCUAAACUCCGCGAGCGCACCCGAAGCGCUUCCGAUGAAGACAAGGACGAGCUGUUCCACGCCAUGAUUGUCCAGUUCAAGUACGAUCUCGAUGAUUUAUACCAGAAAUUUAUCAGUAAGCACGGUAAUGACAUGGUGGAGCUGGAGCACUACGCCUUGUGUAUUGAAAUGCAGCGGGAGAAUGUGAAGAACUGCGACCGCUUCGUCAACUCCGUCACCCCGCUGAUGACGUACAAUCUGUUCGAUACCACGGAUCCACGGAAUCUGAUCAAGGCGUGCCCGCAUUGUGGGCUGGUGUGGUGGAAGACGGAAGGCUGUGAUGGGGCCACCACCUGCGGGAAUCGCGUGAGUACGCUGUUUGACAUGCGGUCCCGUGCCUUGUUCCGGUACGUGUUGAAAUGGGUGAACGGCGAGCUGGUCCAUACGAAGAAUCCGGUGGCUAAGUCCGCACCGGUUAGCGCCACACCUUCUGCCAGGGGAGUGGGAUGCGGCAAGGCCAUUGUGUGGAACGAGAUACCGAAGCUCGAUGAUGAAAUCCUGUUCAAGAUCUUUGAGGUGAAAACCAUGGAAGAAGUUAAAAACAUCAUGAAGAGCGGCGGAUACCAGAGAGCCCGCGCGAAAUAUGUGGCUACCAUCGACGUUACCUUUCAUUCUUAGAGCAGUUGCUCCUCUCUCCGUAGGUCCGCAACAAUACUAAUACCGCAAUUUUAUCUUCAAAUUGGUCACAAUAACUGGUUUAUCGUGCUUAUUGUUGGUAGAAUAAUACCAGGUACUUGAACAACUUAAAAGAGACUAACACUAGCCAGUACUUCACUAACCAAAAGUAAUAUCAGUGCAAUCUGACCUUCAACAUGUUUGAGAAGUUGGAAGAAAUACUUUCUGUGCUGUGUAGUUUAUACACUUCUAAUUGUAAAUUUGUAAUGUGGUUUUCCUUAUGGAUCAGUAAGAAAUAAACAUU